AUUCAAAAUAGAUGUUUGUGUCAUCAGAAAAUAACAGUUUAGAUGAAAUGUUAGGCAGAUCAUUGAUGUAAAGUAAGAAGAGAAGUGGACCAAGUACAGACUUUGGGGGACCCCGGUUGUAAUUGUUUUGAGAGAAGAAGAUUCAUUUUUACAAUUUACAUAUUGUUGUCUGCCUGAUAAAUAAGACUCAAACCAAUCUAAAGAAGCACCCCUGACACAAUAGUGUUCAAGUUUGGAUAAUAAUAUUUUGUGAUUAACAGUAUCAAAUGCUUUUUUUAGAUCUAUAAAUUCCUUAUGUAGAGGGAUGACUUUAGCAACCUUCAAAGCAUUAGGAAAAGUACCAGUUAAAAACGAGCUAUUAAUUAAACUGCAAAGAGGAAUUAUAAUCAGAUCAGCCACAGAUUUUAACAUGUUAAUAGGUAUACUAGCAGGACCUAAACUUUUACUUUCCAAACCUUGAAUAAUAUCAAGCACCUCCUGUGAAGUAACGUUGGAUAAUAAAAAUUCAUUGUCUUGUCUAUUUUUAAAGAAUUUGUCAUACGAGAUGUUUUUUUAAUUUAGAAAUACUUUUAUCUAAAUUAGGACCAACAUUCACAAAAAAGUCGUUCACAUGAUUGGCUAUCAAUAUUGAAUCGUUCAUAAUCGAACCAUUGACAUUAAGUUGAGAAAUGCCUUGAUUUGAGUUGUUUUUUGUGUUGAUUAAAUAGUGAAUACCUUGCCAAGUUUUCUUUAUGUUAUUGCUAUGAGUUAGAAAGUAAGAGUUGUAAUAAGCAAUUUUAGUUUUUUUUUAAGUAUGGUUUACUUUAUUUCUAAAAAGUUUAUAAGCUCUCUUCACAUUAUUGUUUCUAGGUUGUCUUUUUUUCCUCGUAAACAAUUUAUUUUUUAAUCUGAUCAUUUUUGAGAGGUUUUGGUCAACCCAAGGUGUAGUUUUAAGUUUCAGUUCAUUAAAAGUUAAUUUUUUCAUAGGUGCAUGUCUAUCUACACAGCCUUCGAGCCGCCAUAAAAAAUCAUUCAUUAACUUAUUGCUUUCACGUUCAAUCUUCCAAUUUUGAAUUGAGAUAUCAUCUCUAAAUGCAUCUGCAUCAUACUUUGAAAAGUCCCUUGAAAAUACAAUCUUUGGCUUGAGUCUAGUUUUGAGCGAUUUACAGAAGCAAUUUGGGAAAAGUGCUCUGAUAGGGAGAAAUAGAUGUUCCCACUAUAGAUUUUAUCCCAGAUAUUAUUGCUGAAAAUAUUAUCAAUUAAAGAUGGUGUUUGAUUUUCUACCACCUUAGAAGGAUGUUGAAUAAGAGGAAGAAAGCUAUAGCUACAGAGUAAGUUAUAAAAAUUAAGAAAGGAGCUAACUUUCUCUAGUUUUAGAAGAUUUAUGUUAAAGUCGCCACAAAUGUAAACUUCUUUAUUUUCUUUGGCUAAUUUCUUAAGGACAUGUUCCAUAUAAAAAAGAAAAUCGUCUAAAUUUUGUCUAGGAUGUCAGUAGAUACAUCCACAAAUAAUGUUUUUACUUGUUUUGUUAGAGAUCUCAAUCCAAGUACUCUGGAACUGAUCAGAUUUAGCUCCGAGGUCAUGUCUUGUAAAAGGUUUGUAAAGACUAUUAACAAAAAGGAGUGUACCACCUUUAGCUUUGUUUGUUGGCGUAGAAAAUAUGUCAUAAGCGGCAAUGGAAAUGUUGGAAAUAAAUCCAUCAUUUUGUUCAGAUGUUCUGAGAUUGCAAUGAUAUCAAGAGGUGAAGGACAGUCAGAUAAAAAUUGAUGUAAAUUUUCAAACUUAGAUUUAAGGCCAUUGACGUUUGAGUGAAAGAUAUUCAGCUUAUUUUUAGCAUUAAUAUUGUAAAAGGACUGGACAGUAUGAUAGUGAUUGUCCACUAGACUAGGAAUUUCUUCUACAUCAUCACCUAUAUUAUUGUUAGGUUUGAACUGAAAAUCAAGCUGGCUAGCAUUAGAUACUAUGGUUGCAUUAGGAAUACAGAUGACACAAUAAUUAUUCAAAGCUGUAAUUCUCCUAGUGAACUUAAAUCUGCACUUGAUAUUGAGUUAAAUAAUGUCAAGAAAUGGAUCUAAAUUAAUAAAGUCACCAUAAAUAGUGAUAAAACUGAAAUGAUCUUUUUUGGAAAUAAAGCAAAACUUAAAGCAUGCAAAGACAUCACUAUACGAUGGCAUUGAAUUAGCUUCAAGAAAGAAGGUGAAGUACCUGGGGGUUAGCUUUGAUAGUAACCUGAGUUGGAAAAGUCACAUCAAAAGCGUUGUUAGUAAAUCAUAUUAUAAAUUCAAUAAAAUAAGAUACAUCAGUUCAUACUUGAACAAUGAAACAAAACAAUUACUCGUGAAUGCUAUUGUUCACCAACAUGGUGUAAUGCUAAUAACUCAUCUUUAAAAAAGGUGAAUAAAUUAUUUUCUAACAUAAACACUUUCUUGGGUAGAGAUGCUUCAGAUCUGAACUCUCUAUUUAAUUUGAACUCAAGUAUUUUCAUCUUUAAAGCUGUCCAUUAGAUUGCACCUGUAUAUUUGAGCAAUAAGCUAACAUUAAUUAAAAGCAACCAUUGUCACAGCACCAGAUCAUCUACAAGUAAUAUGUUAGUUCCUCAUCGAAGUGGUGCAAGGUGUUGUAAUAGAACAUUUUUAUAUUCAUCUCCAAAGCUUUUGAAUAGUUUGCCAGGUAAUAUCAAAAAAUUGAAUAGUCUCCAACAAUUCAAGGUUGCAGUUGGCAAACAUUAUAACUUUAAAUAAUAAUUUAAAGUUCUUACAUUUUUAAUGAAAUAUUUUAACCUUUUUUCUUUUCUUUUAACACAAUUAAAUAAUUCGGAUAUAUAAUAAUUCUCAAAAGUGGCCCCCAGUAGAAAAAAUCUGAAAGCUGUCUAAAAGCUGAAAGAUUAUUCUGGGCACUGCCACUAUAAAAAUACAUUAUUAUUACUACUGCUGCUGCUGCUGCUGCUACUAGUAAAUUGAUGAUUGUUAUACCAUAUCUUUUUUGAGUGAAAAGUUAUUUACAUAACUAGAAAUUAUGUUUUUCUGGUAAUUCUUGUUUAAACUAAUUUUAUGCUCUCAAAGUAUGUAAUGUUCAUUUUAUGUAACAGAAAUCCCACUGAUAAGAUGGAAUCUGAUGUUAGGCUAGUGGAUAAUAAGCAGGAAGCAGAUUUAUAUGAGGAGGUGCGUAUUCUAGGGAAAGGUGGAUGUGCAUCUGUAUUUCUUGUUAGAGAUAGAAAAAGUGAUAGAUUAUUUGCACUAAAGAAAAUAGAGUUAGAUCCUUCAAGAGAAUCACGUUCCAAAGAAAAUGUGCUAAAGGAAGCCAGAUUGUUAUCUAAAUUAAAGCAUCCUCACAUUGUGGCAUGUCAACACUUCUUCUUCACUCGAAAUGAGUACUUGUCAAUUGUCCAGGAUUAUUGUGAUGGAGGGACAAUUUAUGAUAAAAUAUAUGAUGCUAAGAAGAACAAGAAAUAUUUUGAUGAAGGUACCAUCCUUAAGUGGUUUGUCCAAGUAUGUAUGGCUGUACAAUACAUCCACUCUCAAAAGAUUCUUCACAGAGAUAUCAAAACUCAAAACGUGUUUUUAACAAAGCAAAAUAUUGCAAAAUUGGGAGAUUUUGGCAUUGCAAAAGUAAUGGAAAACACUCUUGAUCUUGCUCAAACUUGUAUUGGCACACCUUGUUAUCUUAGCCCUGAAGUUUGUCAAGAUUUGCCGUAUAGUUCUAAAGCUGACAUAUGGGCUUUAGGCAGUUUACUUUUUGAAAUUUGCUCAUUAUCAUACCCGUUUGAAGCAUCAAACCUUGUUACCCUGUACUAUAAGAUCGUAAAGGAAGAUGUCAAGGAGCUACCACCACACUACUCAAGUGACGUUCACAUGUUAGCAAACAGCAUGAUGAAGAAAGCCCCAGAAGACAGACCCAGCAUUUCAAGUAUUUUAAAGCUUCCAUUUAUCCAGCUACAUAUUCAACAGUUUUUAAAAGAUUGUGAGAACAUAAAAGAGAAGCAUGCUAAUAGAACAACACCACGCGAACAGCAAAAUAAUGAAACUGAAUGUGAUAAAGAAGCUUCAGCUGUUCCUGUUAAAAUAAUGUCAUCUAUGGACACAGGUAUUUAUGCUGAUGACUUUAUUGAAGAGGAUGAAUCAGAUUAUUCGGACGACUUUGAAGAAGAUGACAAUGAGGUGGAGGAGGGAGAAAAGGAUGUAAAUUUAAAAUGUGAGGAGGAGGAAGUAUUGAUAGUCACAUUUCUUUUUUUAACAAAGGAUUUUUCCUCCGUUGUUGCGAAUGCACGAGAAGAAGUAGAAAAGGAGAAGAAAUGUGAAAGUGACGAUGAUUUCUUUGAUGAACCAAAUUACUCAAGUAUAACAAACAGAAAUCUUUUUAAGAGGCAUUGUAAAGAUUUGAUGGGUUCUACUAUCUUUAAUCAAGUUGUUGACAUGUGCAGACAAAGGAAGGAAGAUUCCCAACUUAGACCACAAUUUGAGAAGGUUGCCAGAAGUGAACUGCUAGAAUCGUGUUUCCUUGUGAAUGACCUCGUUCUGAGUGAAAAUAUUGACGACGAUAUACAGAAAUGACUAAAACGAGAUCAUUUCUGCAUGUGUAAUCUUUUGUGUAAAUUUUUAGAAGUUUUUUUGAUUUAUUUAUUCCAAAUUUUGUUUAAUAUUUUUACCCUUGUAUAUUCCAAGUUAUAUGAAACAUUUUGAAAUGAAAUGUUUUGAUUUAUCCAUAGAUAUGUAUACAUUUUUAGAAUAAACAAUUGAUUUUUCACCUAAACAAUGUUAUAGUGACCUGUUAAUAUUGUGCCCUAAAAUUUGUGUAGCAAUUGCUUCUUAUAUUUGUUUAUCAAACUCUUAACAGGACUAUAUAUCUUUAUAGUUGAAUUAAAAGAUUUUUUUUGUGAUAAUGGUAAUCGUUUAGAGCAUAAUGUAAAAACUAUGUUAAACGAUACGUCUGUGUUGAAUUCUCUUCGUUUUACUGGUCAAAUAAUUCAUCAACCUCUUGUGUGUUAAGUAAAAUGUUUGUUUUGCCUGUUACAUAUGUGCGUUUCACUUGUUACAUGAUGUGUCGAUUUCUCUUUAUUUUUCUUGUUAAAUGAUGUGUUGACUUGUUUUUGAUUUACUUGUUGAAUAAUUUGGUGAAUUAUCAUCUGCUUAUUGUAUCAUGUUCAGACACUUGUUUAAAUAUGUGUAAAUUCUUUAAUGCCAAUUUAUUUUAGAAGUUACUAGUAAACAGUCGCUUAGUUAUACUCAAUAGGUAUUGAUAUUAUGUGAAAACUAUAUACAUGAGUUUUUAUUAUAAAUGUUGUGAUUUUAGA